AUGGUACUGCAAAGAUUAAGAGAACAGCAGUUAUAUGCCAAGUUCAGCAAGUGUGAAUUUUGGCUUAAGCAAGUUGGAUUCGCAGGACACAUGGUGUCUGAGAUUGGGAUCGAAGUAGACCCAGACAAGGUUAAGACUAUAGUAGAGUGGGAGGCCCCCAAGAAUGUAACAGAAAUUAGAAGCUUCUUGGGCUUAGCAGGCUACUACCGAUGCUUCAUUGAAAACUUUUCUCAGAUUUCUACGCCGAUGACUAAGUCAACCAGGAAAGGUGUGAAGUAUGAGUUGUUAGAAAAGUGUGAAAAUAGCUUCUAA